AUGGAGGAGGAAGAGAUGGAGGAGCCAGGGAUGGAGGAGCCAGGGAUGGAGGAGGCAGACAUGGAGGUGCCAGGGACCAGCGGGACACAGGAUGCCCGGACACGGCCCGUUCCCGUGGACACGUCCACGGCUGUAAAGCGCCUAAAGAAGGAACUGACGGACAUCACUAAGGACCCCCCUCUCACAUGCUCUGCGGGGCCAGUGGGAAAUGACAUUUUCACAUGGAGGGGGAUCAUCAUGGGUCCCCCCAACAGCCCCUAUGAGGGAGGGGUCUUCUCCCUAAACAUACACUUUCCAUGCGAGUACCCCUUUCACCCUCCGUGGGUUUACUUCACCACCCGGAUAUACCACCCCAAUAUCGACAGAAGAGGACAUAUCCAUUUAGAUAUUCUUAAGUCCCAAUGGUCUCCCACACUGACUACAUCCAAAGUAUUAUUGUCCAUCAGCUCCAUGCUCUGCAACCCUAACCUUGAUAAUGCCUUAAUUCCAUCUAUUGCCAGAAUGUAUUUAAAGAACAGGGACAAAUAUAAUACUAUGGCACAAGCUUGGACAAGAAAAUAUGCCAUGUGA